AUGGGUGCUGGUUGCUGUAAAGUAGAUUAAGGAGUAUCUUUAGAUUAAAGCAGCAUCGGGAGUUAAUCCAAGCCUGUUGAAUACGAGAAUGUAGAUUUGAAUAAAUAAACUGAUUAAGAUUAGGAAACAAAUCAUUUUUUGCUUAAUCUAGAACUUAAAAACAGCAAAUAAAAUCAUGAAAAUGGAGAUGAAGAGGACUUCGAACUUGAGAUAUAAUUUAAGGAUAUUUAAAAAUAUUAGGAACUUGUUUGUGAUGGAUGCAUAUUAUUAGAUAAAGAACCUGAAAUUAACAACAGCAUAAUAUUACUGAUGGAAAAGAAUUAUGGAAAAUUUAAAUACUAUAAAUAGCAGUACGAAUGUAAUGAAGCCACUUAUUGUCCUCCAGCUAAACUUUUAGAUGGUUCUAUAUAUACAGGUUAGUGGCUGAAUAAGCAGUUUCAUGGAAGAGGAAAGCUAAUAACAGAAGAAGAAUGUAUUUAUUAAGGGUAUUUUUGUCAUGGAAAGAAAUAAGGAUAUGGUAGAAUGUUAUUUAGCAGUGGCGACUACUACUAGGGAGAGUGGUUUGAUGAUUAAAUGGAAGGAUAGGGAAUCUUAAUUUUGAGAGAUGGCUCUUAAUUUCAGGGCUAUUUCUAUUAAAGUAUUUAUAUUGGUAAUCAAAAGGGCGUUAAGUUUGAAGAUAAAGUCAUUAAAGAAACACAAGAGCAGUAAAUAACUACAAUAAAAAAGAUUAUAAGUGAAAAUUAAUCGCAAUAUGAAAAUAGUUAGAAAAAUAAUAUUAAUAGUGCUAAUAAUAUAGAAAAUGUAUAAAAGAAAUCAUAGUCAUAAUUUAAAAAAUUCUAGGAUUAAUAGGUAAUGAUUUCAUCAACCAAUGUUUACUUAGAAGAAGAAGAGUCUAAUUAGAAGUAGGAAAUUAUAUAGGAUAAUGGUAAAAUAUAACCUUAAAAAGUCACUGGAUCAGCUUCAAAUCAAGUUUAAUAGAACAGUAGUAAUAAUUUGAACUAGCAAUAGACUAAUUCUUAAGGAGUCGAUACAAAUAAAACUAUCUUUGAAGAGAGUUUAAAAUCAUAGUUGUAGCAGUAAUAAUAAUAAAAAAAAUAAAGACUAGAAGAAUACAAUUCAAAGCAGUCAGAAAACUCAAACUCAAAGUCAUAGUAUUAGCAAGAAAGCUCUUAGUCUCAGCUUAAGCAAGAAAAUUAUUAAGAUUUUGAAAAUUUGAAGCAAGAGUAGAUAAAAAUUUUAAGUAUAAAUUAAAAUAGCUAAAAUCAGCUGUAAUAACAAUAAAAUAGUGCAUUUUAGCUUUCAUAAAUGAAUUAUACUAGAAGAGAAGAGUAAGAUUAGAAAAAUUAAAAUGGAAACGAAUAAAGUUAAAAUGAGGGGGAAGAAGGAGAUGAAAAAAACUCAAGAAAUUCGAGUAUGAUUAGUUUAAAAUAUAAAAGAAGAAUCACACACUGUGGAGAUAGGCUGGUAAAUCUUAAUCCAGAUGUAAAUAGAGGUUUGGAUGUUAGCAAUAUAGAAUUCAAUGACAUAUUGUCCAAGUAUUUAAAUGGAUUGAAGGAAAAUAAUGAUAUUAAUCAUCAAGAAUAAUAAGAAGAAGAAAAUUAGAGCAUGAUAAUGAUAAGCUUUUAAGAAAUGAUGCCUAAAAAUAUGAGGUAAAAGUUGGCUUUCUUUUAAGAACUUUUAAACCUAAAUAAUUUCCACCAUGAUGAUGUUUAAGGAAAGGUUGUAGACUAAAUGGAUUUCUAGACAUUCAGAAUUUAUCAAUAAAAGCAAACAUACAAAAUUCUACAAGAGAAAUAAGUUUAAAAUGAGAUGAUUUAUAAAAAAAGAGUUCAAUAAUAAAAUGAGCUCAUAGAAAAUGCUAUUUUAAAUAAAAUCAUAGCGAGAGAAGAUAAAGAAACUUAUAAGCACUUAGCUAUAUUAGGAAUGAAGCAGAUUUAUGAAAAGUAAGGAGUCUUAGUCAGAUUGAUUGAUUAAAAAGAGGAAAAACAAGAAGAUGAAAGAGACAGAAAUUUCGAUGCAGUUAAGUAGCAUUUAAUAUAAUCUGGCUUUGUAAUGUAAAAUUAUUAUUCUGCAACACUCAGUCAGAAAUCUCAAUGGAAAUUUGAUUUGGCUAUAAAUAGCAAAAGAAAAUUUGCUGAUUAUUUUAAAAGCAUAAUCUUAUUAUAAAACAGAGAGUUAACAGCUAAAAAUAUAAUUAUACUGGGCUUAAUAGGUGGUGAAAAAGAGUAAAUAAAGAUUGACUUCUACAUUAAAAAUGAAGUAACUCCUAUAAAAGUUAAUACUAUUAACAAAGGUGAAAUAACAGAAUUUUAAAAAUACCCAAUAAUAGACGAGAUAACGAUAAACAUAGAAACUUUCUUUGAUAAUCAAUGGAAUAUGAUCUAUGAUAACACAAUUAUAUGUUAAUAUAGAGGAAAUAUUAAUGGAUAAAAGUAAUAAUAUUUUAGGCCUCUAGGGUAUUUUGGAUGUGCUCUCAAAGUGGUUAACAAAUAUCCUAACGAUGGCUGGAUUAGAGAUGAUACAAGUGAUAAAACUUGGAUAGUGCUUUUCCAUGGUAAUAAAAAAUUAUCAACUCAAGAAUUAAUUGAAGAAGGGUAUAAGUAGGGAGGAUUGUAAUAGUAUCAAGGACAUCAGUGCAGAUUUGGAAGAGGUCUUAUCAAACAAGGGAUAUACUUUUAUGAAAAAAUACAAGAUGCCGAAAAACACGCUGACACCUUUUUUAUUAAUGAUAAGUAAUACAAUUUGCUAUUUUAAUGCAGAGUAAAUCCCAAAACUGUGAAAAGUCCGAUUAACAAGCCUUCUUGCUAUGUUGCUAAUGAUCCGAAAGAUGUCAGACCUUACAGAAUUUUAAUUAAAGAAGUGAAUAUUCAAGAUGAAAUUCCGACCUUUUACCUACUAAUAUAGGAUACUUUGCAGUAAUGUUGCUUAGGUUGCUCUAAUUGUGUUUAGUAAGGUUAUUCGUAUGUUUGCUAAGCUUGCUAAAGUAACUUCAUUUUAGAUUAAAAUAAUAUCUGCGUUUACCAGCUUUGUAAUAAUCAUCUCUACUUCUAGCAAAGCUAAGAAACUUCUACCAACAGUUAAAGUGAAGGUGAAUGUGUUUCAAUAUGCGAUUAAAUGUAUUAUUAGGAUUAAGAGAGUAAUACAUGUAGCUAGCUAAUUUAAUGUUCACAAUCAUUUACUUCUACAAGUAAUACUUUCGAAUAAUCUAUGUUUUUAGAUAUAGGUAUGUACAAUUAGUAAUACUUGAUUGUGAUUAACACAGGUAUCAUUUCUCUUUUUUCUGACCAUAGAGGUGAACUUUUAAAGCAGUACAUUCUAGGAUUAAACGAUCUCAAGGUAUAAAAGUAUCGUAACUAAGUUUUUGUAUUUACAAGCAAGCAAGAAUUGCAAAUUUGGUAUUUAGUAGAGAAUUUUAGAACUUCUAUUAUAUCUAAUAUAGUAGGAGACAUGAGUUAAAUGACAAGUAUAAUUGAAAUAGAAAAUUAACUAGGGUGUUUAUAUAUUUUUGAUAAAGAUCAAGUUAAUUUAUGGAUUUAUCCAUUCUACGAUGUCUCAUCUUAACUCUUUCUUAGCUAAAUUUAAUUCAUUUAGCUAACGCUAUAACAAGGAUCUUGGCUUGAUAUGGGAAACGGAAUAUUUGUUAAUAGCAGUGAUUAGCAGUUUAAUUUAUUAACUCUGGAAUUAAAUUAAAACAAAACAUAAAUUGAUAUAUAAAAGACAUAAAUAAUUAUCACUUGCUUAAUUUAGAAUAGCAACAGCAAUUAAAUAAAUUUAGGAGUUAUUUCCUAAAUUACUUAAUUUCUCAACGAUAAUUCAAAAUUCUCCCUAUUAACAAAUACUGGUUUGUUUUUAGUUUUCUAAAUUAAUAAAUAAUUAAAUUAAUGUAGUAUUCUAUUUUAAAAUUAAUUAAAUUACUCCAAAUUUAUGUUUUUCAAUACAAACUACAAUUCGACGAAUUAUUUUUUGAUUGGAUAAUCUGCAAAGUAAUUAGAUUUCUACAAAAUUAAUGAUUCUGUUUAGCUUAUUUAGCAAAUUAAUGACCAAGGUUAAACAACUUAUUUAGAUUUUCAGUUAGGAUAUUUCAAUACAACUCAAACUCAAUUUUAGAUAUUCGCCCUGGCUCACGCAAUAGAUACUUCUGGUUCUAUAAGCUAUUUUUUAGAUUUUUACUAAUUCAAUUAAACUACUGGAACAUUUUAGUCAACUAAAAAAUAUAAUUCCAUGAUUUAAUAACCAACUCAAUUAUCUAAAAUUGAAGAAAAUAGCUUAAUUAGAUAUAUUUCUUUGUAUGGCAAUAAUAACUUUUAACUCGUGUAGAAAGUUAAUGAUGAUAAAUUAUUUUCAGUAAUUUUAUCAGAUUUUUAAUCUCUCUAUCCAAGUAGCUAUGGUAGAGGUUAAGUGAACAGUCUAUUGAUCAUAAAUAAUAAUAAUAUUCUUGCUUCUUGCUCUAGUAUUGGAGUAAUAUCAUUUUGGGAUAUCUCCAGUGGGUUUCAUGGAUUAUUAUUAACGGAAUUGGUAAUAGAAAAUGAUUCAUGCUCUACACUCAUAAAAUAGGAUGAAAGUACAGUAAUUUUGUUCUUAACAUAAACUAUCUAAUUUGUAAGUAUUCAAAACUUUCAGAUUUUAUAAAAGAUACCUUAUAACUCUCAAUCGCCUUCUUAAAUUAUAUAUUCGGUAAAUAAUAAUCAGCUUCUACUGAUUAUAAACAAUUGUUUAGUUAUUUAUAAUAACCAAUAAACCUAAAUUUUUAAAAAUUGCACUGAUCAACUUAUUACAAAAUCUAUUGAAAUAGAAUUACUAUAACAAGAAUAAAUAGUUUGUGUAUUUUAGAAUGAAAUAGCAAUAUAUUAGCUUCAUCAAAGUGAUAAUACGCUAAGUUUAAUAAAUCAAGUCUAAGUUUAAAAUAAUAUCCUUUAUAGUAAUAUCUAGUUGAGUCAAGUAGCAUCAACAACUAGUUCUUAUAGUUUAGAGGAGAUAUAUAUAAUGACUGCAAAUUAAUCAAUUUGUAUAUAUGAUUAAAAUUUAAAUUUAAAUUACACUAUAUCUAAUUUACCAUUUAGUGGUGCUUCAUAAAUAAUGAGAACUCUUUCUGAUAAAAAUACAUUUACUGUUUUAACUCUUCCAAAUGCUGGAAGCUAUUCAAAUAGCUAUUACUUAUUUUCUAGGGUAUCUUAAAGUACUUAUACUUUUAAUUUUGGUUAUACUUCAUAGUAAAUAUAUCCAGUUUAAUACCUUCAAUAGUCGAAUGGAAUAGGAAAAUACCAUUUGCAAUAUUUGUUUGUAAGUCCAAGAUUUUCAAUUACCAUUAGAUAAAUGAUUUUAUUAGAUCAGAAUUCUUAUCUAACUUUUGGAUUUGAUUAUGUACCUCUUUACGAAUAAUAAUCCAAUAUACUUACAGAUGACUAUUCUAGAGAUUAUAUUGGUACUGUAUAAGGAUUUGUAGGGGUUAAUUCUAAGAAAGCUAAUCGGUAUGAUGAAUUGGUCCUCAAUUUUGUCAAAUAAAAUGAGAUAUAUUAAGAUGUCUAGUAGAGUUUGCUUAUGAACGUUUAUUUUGUAGUGACAAAUUUAAGAGCUAUUGUAUUGAAUAUCCAUACAGAUGAAGUUAUCAUAAAUAAUCUUUUUGCUGAUUUUAAUUAAAACAUAAUAAAUUUCUUUAUUAUUGAUUAGCUUCUUGGUGUAGUUUGUCUAAGAUAGAGCUCAAUGCAAGUAGCUUAUUUUGGAGGUAAACUAAUAAAUUAGCAGUUUUCUUUCAUUGGAAUGAAUAAAAUAAAUAAUUUUUUAUUAAGUUCUGAUAACCAAAGCUUUGUAGUUUUCGGCGAUUUUCUUGUGUUAGUUGAUCUAAAAUUAAAUAUAAUUUAAAGCUAUAAUCCUAACUUAGGUUAUUUUAGCAACUGCAUUAAAGUUAAUUAACAGCUUUAUUGUAGCCUAAGUUCAGGUAUAGUUUAAAUUAUAAAUUUGCCCAGCAUUUAGCUAAUAAAGAGUCUUUAGAUUAGUGGAAAACAACCUAAUUUCUCAAUAUGUAUAGAUCAGCAAAAUUAAAACGUCUUUCUUUAUAGCACUAACAUAAAUGUGUAUGAUUUGAAUAUGAAUUUCUAAAAAUAAAUAACGAACAACUUUGGAUAAAUUUAAAACUGCAAUUUCUAUGAUGAUUAUCUUGUCUUCUUUACUAAAUCAAUUGGCUUAGUUUAUUUAAGACAAGGCUUGAUUGAACGAAACAGAAUACAAAAUUUAGGAGGAGUUGAAGUUCAAAAGGAAAUAUAUUAUAAGGAGUUAAAUUAUCUUCUUUUUUUCGGAAAUGAUAUAGCAGUAGCUUAAGUGUUUAUUUAUGAUUUAUAAAAACAAAGUUUAGUAGGAAAAAUACAAGGUUUUAUAAAAAAUCUAGGAUAUGUUUCAGAUGUUGCAGUGGACAAUGGAUUAAACUUUUUUUCAUAUGUAGACAGCGCAGCUAAUUACUUCAUGUUUGAUUUUAAUGAUCCAUUUUCAAUUUAAAAUUAAUUUACAAUAAAGGAGAUACUAGAUAGGAAUGAAUUCAUUUAAAAGCUUUCGACUAACCUUGAUUCAUAAAGGUCUUUUGUCAUGACAUAAAAGAGUAUCUUUUAUGUAAAUUAUAAUAUUUUCUCAAACAGAUGUUAAUAUUUAUAUUAAGAACAAUAUAUAUAAUACUCAAUUUUAUUUAACUCUUAAUUACAAAAAUACUAAUACUUGGUCUUAGGUUAAAAUUAAUUGGUAUUUAGAUACUCUGAUUUCUUGGUUUAAUAUGAGAUAUUGCUACCUCAGUAAAAAGUUAUCGAUUUUUAAUACAUUUAAGAUAUAGAUAUUUUAGUUGUAGCCGCUUAAAAGAAUAUUUACUUAUACUACAAUUACUCUUAUUAAUAUGAUAGCUAAAUUGCUUAAAGCACCGAAAUCAGCUUUCAAAGAUUUUUAGAUCUAAAUGUGAUACUAUCUCUUGAUAAAAGGGUUAUAUUUUAUGAUUAUAUGUUAAAUAAAAUUUCUUAUGAAUUCACUUUAAAUAUCAAUUAAAUGAUGUCUUAACAUCUCUCUUUAUCCUCUUAGUCAGUUUUGAUUAUUGGUACUAGUUUGGGGACUACAUAUUUAGUAAAUUCAAAAUAAAAAGUUAAUAAUCAAUUUAUCAGCAAAACAUUGAAACCAAUUAAAUUUAUUUCAAUUUUGAAUAAUAAUAUUACUGCAUAUGUUGGAUCGGUUGAUGGAUAAAUACAAACCAUUGAUAUAUCUUAGGCGAAAUAAGUAAAUGAAGUUGAUAUUAUACAAUAAAUAGGAAGGAGUCAAGAGAAAGGAAUUCUCAUUUUAAGCAGUUUAGUAAUAGACUAAACAAUGAAUGUUAUGAUGUUCCAUUUCUUAUUUGAAAAAAAGUGUUAUGUAAUGCAACUAGAUAAUAGCUAAAAUUGGAAAUAUAUUUCAUUUGCAAAUAAUGAAUUCAAUUAGAUAUUUCUUGGCAAAGAUUUUUAUUUCCUACAAUCCGCUUUCUAAAUUAAUAUUUACAACAGGUAAACUCUAUCUUAUAUUACAAAUAUAAAAAGAAACACUUACUAUGACCAAAUGAUUGCAUUUUACGUUUUCUCUGAUCAAUUUUUAGGUUUAAUAUUUUAUUAGAAAAUUGAAAUAUAUUUUUUUGACUCAAAAGCUAACAAAGUGCAGCUUGUUGAUUAAGAAAGCUAUAAUUAUCCAAGGUUAAUGCAUUAUAGAUUCUAUUCUAGCUCAAAUAGUAGCAAUAAUGAUUUGCUUUAGAUAGUUGGCUUUGAUCAAAGCACUUUUUUUGAGAAAAGAUAUAACACAUACUUCUAUUUAGCUUAAAAUAGUGCUUAGUUGUAAUAAUGUGGGUUCUAAUUCUAAACUUCAGAUUUCCUAGUGCUCAAUUAGCAGCUAUAAACGUUAUAAAUAAAGUAAUCUGAAAGCUAUUGCUAAUAUGGGACCUCUGUGGUGAAUUAAUAAAUAUGGAAAAAUUUCCUUUUCCUACCUAUUUAAUAAAAUAUAUUAUAAUUAUUAAAUUCAUAAAACUCUACCUUGAACGAAUUUUUACUCUCUAGCUCCUUUAGUAGCACAAAUACUACAUAAUAUUAGGAGAUAGCUCUAUCAGAAAAUUAUUUUAUGAAUUUUAUAGGAUAAAAUUUACAAUUGAAAGACAUUUCCAUAAAAUUUGACCCAACUUAAUAAGGAACUUAAAUUGGAUUUAAUCCAUCCACGAGCAUGAUCACUCUAUCAAACAUUUUGAUAAAAAAUCAAACAAUUUAAAAUUAGACAAUUUUAUUCUCAUAGAAAAAAAGUAUUAUCAUAUAAAAUCUAUAAAUUUCAUAUCUAACAAACAAGUCAUCACGAAUUUUGUAAAGUAAUUUUGAUUUUAAUUCUCAAAGUUCUUUAAUAAUAUUUGAUCAUGUUGAUGAGAUUUUAAUUUAUGAAUUAACUAUAACUUAAAAUGAAUUCUUUAAUUCUUCAUGUUUAGAGGCUGUUCUUAUUUUUUCUAAUGUUGGCAACAUAACAAUAGAAAAGCUAAUUGUGGAAAACAAUAAAAUAAUUGGAAGUUUAAUUUUAAUUGAGGUGGCAAAUAGUUUAAAUAUAAAAACUGUACAAGUGAAUAAAAAUAUUAAUUUUGAAGGGCCAAUAUAUGGUCAGCUUUCUAACUUUUAAUCAAAUAUUUUCUAAAUAAAUGGGUGUCUUAAUUCAACAUUUUCAAUAGUGAACAUGACAGAAAAUUAGAAUUUAUAGCUAAUCGUAACUAAUAACUAAUACAAACAGACUUAAAAUAUUAUAUCUCUCACAAACGACAUUAUUUCUUUCUAUUAAAUGAUAAUUUUUUCAAACUAAAUUGAUUACUUAUCUUAUCCUUUAAUUUCUCUUCUUAGCUCAAAUAUUUAGAUUUAGCAAAUUCAAUAUGAAAAAAACUUUGGAUAAAUUCAAGUUAUGUCAGCAAUUUCAUUACAAAUAAGCAAUUCAUCAUUUACUAAUAACACUAGUUUAAAUGGAGGAGCACUUUCUAUCUUAAGUAUAAAUAAUUAUAUGAACAUUUCAUCAUCCACUUUUUAGAAAAAUAAAGCUUUAGGAAGCGGAGGAGCUAUUUACAUAGAAAAAAUUCAAUGUGAUCUGUUUAUUGAAAGUCAAGUUUCAAUAAUCCUUAAUAGUGCUUUAAUAGGCGGAGGAAUUCGUGUUAUGGAAUUCGAUAGUUCAGUUUUAAAUCUGAGUUAGAUUAAGAAAAGAUUCUCAAUUUAGAAUAAUACUGCUGAAAUUUUCGGAAAUGAUUUAGCAACCUUCCUUUAUUCUUUAGGAAUUCAAUAAGGAGAUAAAUUUUUAUCAAGUAAUUCUGAUUAGUCUUAAUUGUAAUUCAUUCCAGAAAGUAUAUCUAACUCACAAAACACUCUCUAUCUUAAAAAUAUUAAAAGUGGUGGAAAUCUAAAUUUAAAGAUCUUUUUAUACGAUGACACUAAUAGAAGUUUAACUUUUUCAAAAUAAAAGUUAAUCAAUAAAGAGUAUCCUCAAGAUAUUAUUAAUGAAAUAACAUUUAUAAGCAUACAAUUAAUUAUAAAUGAUUUCAAAGAAAUGUAGAUCAGCGGUGAAUCAAUUCUUAAUUACAAUUUGUUUAAUGAAUCUACAAACAGCUUCGAUUUUAAUGAUGUAACGAUUUAUGGCAAUUUUCUUAAAUAACAAUAGAUUUAAAUGUAAGUAUAAAUUUCUAAUAAAAUCACUAAAAUAGUAGCAGUAUUUAUUGUUUUCAGAUAAUGUGUAAACGGAGAAAUAAUUGGUUAGCUUUCUUCUUCAAUUCAAUUUUGUCAGUUUUGCUAAAACGGUACUUAUUCUCUAGUUGAUCCAAAUAUUUAAACUAGUCAAAACUAAUUAACUUGCAAACAGUGUCCCCAAUCAGCUAAUAAAUGCUAUGGAAAUCAAAUUGAAUUGAAAAAUGGUUACUGGAGAAAAAAUGAAAUAACAGAUAUCAUUUUAGCAUGUAAUGAUUAAGUCGGUUCUUGUAAAGCAGAGGAUCCAGAGAAUGUUAACUAUUGCGAAAGUGGUUACGUAGGACCACUAUGUGAAGCUUGUGAUGUUUUAGGAGAUGUUUGGAGGAACUAGUAUAUAAAAUAGCAAUUUUCUAAAGGGAUAUUUAUGAACAGUUUCAUACAUGCUCAAACAUGUUAUUAUUUAAGAUUUCUCAAGCUUCUCCCUUUAUCCAAAAGCCAAAUUAGAGAUGAAUCAGGCUUCUACAUCAAGAUUAUUAUCACUUAUUUGUAAUACUCAUCACUGUUAGUUGAUAACAUAAAUUAUCUUCCUAUCCAAGUUAACUUUAUGCCAAAUUUUAUUGGAACAUCAAUAAGCUAGUUAAUAAUUGGAAUAGAAUUUUUUACAUUUUUUUAACCUGAAAUUGUUUCUCAGUUUACAAAUGUUUUGACAUGUAGAUAAAUUGGAUAAGAUGAGAAUAAGUUAGAUACUUGCAUAACUAAAUACAAGUAUGGUUAUUUUUACAUGGAACUGAAAUAUAAAUAUUAUUAUUGGGAAUUUGUUAGAAUAUACUUUAAAAAAAGCAUAAACCAUUUAUCUCUCAACGCUUAUGCUAGGUAGAAAUGCUCUCCCUGGAAUUACAAAAUGAACAACAGAUUUAGCUUCUUUGGAAGAUUAACUCGCUUUUUAAUUAAAAAAGCAACAAGUAAAUCGCUCUAUUUGAAGAUCACAAGAUCAAGCAGAAAAUCCUUCAGAACUGUUUUAUUAUGGAAAAAGUUGAAAGAGAGUAUUUCUAUUAUUAUUCAAUUCAAGGCAAACCAGAACAUAUCUUACAUACAAAAUAAACCAGCAAUAAUGAAAUCCUCUAAUUUUAUCAAAUACAAAUACAGCACAGAUUUAACACCACUUUAUGAUAAAAAACCUUAAUAACACAAAUUCGAUAGCUAAUUUGAUAAUUGCUUAGAUACAGCUUUUAAAAAACUAAAUACAGAUGGUUCUCCAGGUUUAGCUGAUAAAAAUUCUAAUAUUUUUAAAUUUGAUUUACAGAAAGAAAAUAAAGUAGAUUUUCUUGUUGAUGAUUAAACUGAAUCAGUUGAUUUAUAAUAAAAAAACAUCUCAGAAGCAAGUAUCAAAAUAGCGCCACCUAAAGAUUGCAGUUUUAUAUUCUAAAAUACAUUUUCUUUACAGAAGAGUGGUUAUUGA